GUCUGAGGCAGAACUGCUCUAGCCUGCAAGGAGAGAACUAGAAGAGGGAGAAAGUACUAUCAACCAAGGCAGCACCAAUGCAUCGGCUAACUUGGAGUAUACUGAUCAUUUUUCUGGCAUUAUUUGCAUGCCAUGUAAAGGGAAAAAGAGCUCAGCGAAGUGCUGACAGGCCCUAUCAAUCAUUGUUAUCUGUGGAUAAUGGCCAACGCUGGGGCACAUGGGGUCUUAAAGAAAUGUGUCCAUUGGGUUACUAUGCUGCAGGCUUUAGUCUUAAGGUUGCAGGUUACUGGGAAUCUUUGCUAGUUGGUGAUAACACUGCACUAAAUGGAAUUCGUCUUCAUUGCGUUAACUCACCUGGAGGAUCAGGACCAUACUCUGACUAUGCCACAGUACAAUCAGACAACGGAAGCUGGGGUAAAUGGACAGAUAUUCAGUGGUGUAACUCUGGGAUGUUAAAAAGUUUUCAGCUACGUGUGGAGCCUUACCAAGGAACCGUGUGGGACGAUACUGCAGCAAAUAAUAUCAAGUUUAAAUGCAGUGGAAAUGAUGAGGAAAUUAAAGGUGCAGGAAUGUCUUGGGGUGACUGGGGCUCGUGGAGUGCCUCCUGUACCGGAACAGGCAUCUGUGGAAUCCAGACAAUCGUUGAAGAACCAAGAGGCGUGGGAGAUGACACAGCGCUGAACGACGUGCGAUUCUACUGCUGUGAAUAAAGUACAAAGUAGUUUGUGUAUGUGUGUGUGUGUGUGUGUGUGUGUGUGUGUGUGCAUUUAUAUGUAGAGAUUCUACAAGUCUCUGGAACUGUACUGAAGGGAUAUACACCAUUAUUCCAAAAGUUUUUCUCUCAGUUGGUGAUGAUGUUAGUGGUGGAGCACUGUCUAUCACAUUGGUCUAAAAUCUCUCGAAGAUGUUUAACUGGGUUGAGAUCUGGUGACUGCAUUUAAAGCAGUUUUUCUUUUUCUUUUCAUUUGUCACUCAGCUGUAUAUUCAGAUACAGCGGAUGCUACUAAGAAUUCUUUUCAUCGGUUUAUUCGGAUGAUCGUCUGCCAUUUCCUCAUGAUAUAUAUAUUGGCUCUAUAUAUCUACAUUUCUUCUUAUUACUUUUUCUUUAAUAAUAGGCACUAGAAGAUAAAGCGAACAAACACAAAUGUUUAAACCUUUAUAGCACAGUAAAAUAGAAAGAUAAGAUGAGAAGAUCAUAUUUUGUUGUUUUUCAUAUGAACAAUUUCUCCUUGAUAGAGAAAAUGUUUGAAUUAAAUUGAAUACAAAAAUACUAUUUACUAUUUCAGUAAUAUUUUUCAUAUUGUUUGAUAUGAAGCUGGUUGGUGGUACCAAUUUGAAAAUUCCUGGAUGGAUAGAAUGAAAUCAUUGUAAAAAAUUGCUAAAUUAACUGCCAUCUUAUAUAACUUUGAUUUAACCUUCUGGAAAGAACUACAGCUCAUUAAACAAACAAGUUUGAAUACAUAUCUGUGAAUGAACCUUGAGUUCCAAUUUCACCACAGUGCUGUCAGGGAUGGAGUGAUUUAAGUUGGUAACUAGUUAGUUUAUAGUUUGGGUAAUAGAUCCAACUAAAUUCAUUAGAUAAUAUCAUGGGCAGGUACAAAGGGAUACAUUAGGGAUAAAUUCAUAUAUUUAAAAUCUAUAUCCUGAAUUUAUAUAUUUCUGUAAAGCUGCUUUGGGACAUUUUCCAUUGUUAAAAGCACUAUACAAAUAAAACGGAAUUAAAUUAC